AUUUUUUCUACAAUCCAUACAACCAUUACAUCCAUCAUGGCACGUCCAGCCAUCAAUGAUGAUAUGGACUCGCCGUCAGGUGGUAGUAUAUUAGGUCCGGAGAUAUGUGUAGACUAUCUGUCUUAUAAAUUUGACGAAAUGGAUCUUGCUGCAUCCUGGAGGGUCAUGACAAAGCAAAAGAAGUCAGUGGUUAACGGCAUUCGUCUGGAAAACGCAUCUUGGCGCACCUGGGCUAAACAGAAAGGCAAUCUGAAGACGGUCAGUCCGCAGACCCUGAACUGGCUCAAAGAUAGCGAUGUCACCUGGCUCUAUGGACCCUUACACACAGUUGUCAAGCAAGAUGACAAGUAUUCUAAACCUAAGGAAUCAUCAACACAUGAUAAGCUUGGCCUUAUGAACGCUUCAACUCCAAUUAAAGGUCUCAACCCAGCCAAAAAAAUUCUCAAGCCUGCCCUUAAAAAGCGUUCUGUAUCUGAUUAUCUACGAAGACCACCUCCAAAGACAACCCGUGUACUCUUGGUAGAUCAGCCCAAGCGCACGUCAGAACUAUCAUUGACAGAUCAGAACAAUCGUGUGAAUGCUGUAUCGCCAGAAGUUUUAGCCACUCAUCGCCAGCCAAAGCUCCGAUUCAAUAGUUAUGUGGAACAGUGUAUUGCUUUGUCAGACAACGAAGAAGAAGACGAUGAACUUAAUACCACUGACACGCAAGGAGAAGCAGUCAGCAGCCCACAUCAAGAAGGCCUGUAUGAAGAUGACGACGUCAUAGUAUUAAAUGUCACCAAACGAAGUAGUUCAACGCCAAGCAUCAUGAAAAUUGAGCCCACACGACUCAAACGUCAAGCUCCUGGUGACUUUGGGGCAGACAGCGAUACCAGCAGCGUAGGCUCCUAUGAUUUGCGUCUCAACAAGCAACAACCUAUUCAAUGGAUCGGCCAAUCAGGAACCGUGGAAUAUGACGCAGCCAACCAGGGUCGAAGUAGAGAUAUGGAUGAUGAUUUAAUACAAAACUACGAUUGGGCUGCUUGGGAUCUUGGGGCAGCAGACAGUGACGAAGAAGAAGAACAAGACAAUGAUUACCAAUACCGGGAUAUAAAUUAUCAGCAAGACCAUUUUGAGGACGAUGAUGAUAUGGAACCUCCAACUCUAUUUUUUAAUGAACCAAACUCCACUAUAGAAGAAGGCGAUGCUGCAGAGCGACUAAGAACGCUUGCUUACCAAAUGGGAAACCACCAAAACCCCAGCGAGAGUGCAACAGUAGUUGGCAAUGUCGUGCAGUGGGCAAAAUCUUAUAUCUUUGGUUCCAACCCUUCAUCGUCGUCGUCGUAGGGCUAUUUACCCUCACUUUUUUCCCCCCCCCCCAAAACUCUGUCCGUUUUUUUUUUUUAUUACUAAUUUCUCCAAUAACAUUAUCACCAGCAAACUCCAUUUUGUAAAUAAAAUACAACUCAUCGCUCAACUCAAACCAAA